AUGGCAACGUACGGGGUGCACAGAGGGAGCAUUUCCUACAAAAAGCUUGAUACCUCAAAGCAAGAGUUCCGACUAUUGGAGAUUCGGCCUGCCGCCUCCGUCGAGGACCGCAUCGAGGCGCGGCUGGUGACUGUACGCCUGAAAGACGAACCCGAGUUCAUCGCGCUGUCCUCGCUGUAUGGCUCGCCCUCCGAGUCGGAAAAUGUCAUUGUCAACGGCCGCCCAAUCACCAUCACGCUCCAUUUGGCUCAGGCGCUGCGGCAUAUCCGCACCGUCUUGUUCCCCGGCUCCGCCCGCAACGGGGACGAACGGCUCCCCCCCAAGCGGCAGCAGCGAAGACCGCCGUUUUGGUUGCGGCAGUUGAUGAAGGGUGUCAGCUCGAUCCUGCCUAAUCCCGAGGCCGAGAAAGAUGUCCCGCUACGCGUAUGGUUGGACGUGAUUUGCGUCAACCAGUACGAUGAGGUUGAGAGGUCACGACAGGUCCAGGAUAUGCGCCAGAUAUAUACCGCAGCACAGAUGACCGUCGGCUGGCUGGGCAUGAAAACGGAGCACACGGAGGCCGGAUUGGAGAUCCUCAUCGAUAUCGACAGGUGUAUGCCUCCGCGAUGGGGCGACCCCGGAGACCGCGAGGAGCAUCCAGAGAACUACUCCCCAAAGCAUGCUUGGUUCCAGAAAGUCGAUUACAUUUGGAAGGAUGUGGAAGCCAACACGGAAUCGCAACUACCGUCUUGCUGGCAAGGCUCCAACGAUCUCAUGAAUCGUCCUUAUUUCGCACGACGAUGGAUCCUCGAGGAGAUUGCUCGAGCGCGGUACCCGGCUUUCCUGGUUGGCGAUACUAUCCUGUCCUGGAGAACCAUCCUCCGGCUACACCGAAUGCUGGAGGAAGUCAAGUAUGCUGAUUCAGAGAACUUCCCGAAGAAACACCAACACUUGGUCCCCACGCUGCCCAUCGAGGCAGUGCAAGCCCUUUUAGAUGACUUUGCUAGGAGAAGUGCCAUGGAGGAUACCCAAGCGCUAGACAACUCGACCAGCUCCCAGGAGGGAAAGAGUGCUACGAGUUCCCUCCAUUAA